AUGACAACCAAAGAAGAAAUUAAAGAAGUAUUAAAAGAUACAAAAGAGAAAUUAGGUAAGAAUGAUGGAUUAUUGCUAAAGAAGUUGAGAAGAAGGCGAAAUGAGUUUAAUGAAGAAAACAAAAAGAAGAAGUCUGGCAAAGAAAAAGAAAUGCAAGGGCAAUUACUCAUCAUGAUUGAAUCAAUGAAAUGGAAAAUGGAAGAUUUAGAGUUUCAGGUGAAGAGAGUAAAGAUCUCACUUAAAGCCUCAACAAACUCUACACAAGAAUCUAUUGACCAUAUAAGUAUAUCAAGGCAUGCUCACAAAGAACGUUUCUAUGAUCCUCCUACUUCUAGUGCUGAAAAAGAUUAUCAAAAAUAUUUUAGACAACACUAUAUACCUCUGAUAGGUACACUUAUGGUUCAUGACACAUACCUAAUUCCCAUCCUUGACAGGAGUAAGCUAGACUUUGUUGGAAUAGCAAAAGACUUAUCACUUGACCCUCUCAAUGUCAGCCUGAUCAUAGAAAUAAAACCAUAUAAACCAAACCAAACAACCUUCUCAAAUGCAGAUGUUGGACAGUUGGCCUUUUUUGCUUUAAAAAUCUUUCAAAUUCAACCAACACGUACUUUUGUCUAUGGAAUUCUUUCUGACUGUCAUCAUAUUAUGAUAUUGAAAACUCCAGAAGAAUUAGAAUGGAGAGAGAUAGAAAUUUCUUACAAUAAUAAUUCUGAUUACAUUAAACUUCUAAAAUGGCUAGGACAUGGAAAAACUGCACAGGUCUUUGAGAGAAUUGUUUCAAAGAGACAGCAUGUAGAUCACAGGAUUGCAGUCAAAAUUGCACGAAAUUCCAUGUGUAAAAAGAUCAAAAAAGAAGUAUAUAUUCUUAUGAUAUUGAAGAAAAUUGAUGGUAUUCCAAAUGUGCUUUACUCUAAUGAGAAUUCUUUUGUCAUGAAGCCUCUCUGUUAUAAAAUAUAUAGUUUUAAUAAAUUAGAUUUAGAUAGAAUAAUUAACAUUAUACAAAAUAUUCAUACACAAGGUAUUGUGUAUUGGAAUCUUCAUAGGCAUAAUAUUCUCAGAGAUAGGAAUACUGGGACUGUUCAAGUUAUAAAUUGGAGAUAUGUUAUAAAUAUUAACCUUUCAUUAUCAUUUGCUAGUAGACUUGACUGUAUAUCAGAUUUAGUAUUAAAAUCAAUGAGGGAUAGAAGGGAGAUUAUUUAUCAGAAAUCAAAUGAUUUGAUUAGUCUAUUGAGAAGUUUUUACUUGGUUUUACAUGAACAGGUUGAUUCAGUUGCACUUCCUUUAGCAAAUACAAAUAAUCAAGAUUAUGCUAGUAAAAUGUUAGAUUUUUGA